AUGAACACCGCAUUUCUAAACCCAAACGCCGCUGUUCCGUCAGCAUCCCAUAACUGCUUCUCUAUUGUGGCUCCAAGCUCAACCGUCACUCCAAUCACUCCUCCAUCAGAAACUACCCCAUCCUCCAUCAUGGCCACUGCACAGACAGUGCUCAGAGCACAGGCGCAGGCGCUUGAGCACAUCGCUGGUCUCUACACUGCUGAUUCUCACACCCAGUCUCAAUUUUUCCUCAGUCUUCAGUACCUUCACAAUGCAAUCCUCUCAAAUGGCAAAAUCGUCAUAACCGGAAUGGGAAAAAGUUUUAAAAUUGCUGAAAAACUCGUCGCUACACUAAACUCAUUAGGCAUCCAUGCUGCCCCUCUACAUCCUUCUGACGCUCUUCACGGUGACCUAGGUGUCAUCAAAGCCACUGAUGCAAUCAUCAUGAUUACUGCUUCAGGAAAUACCCCAGAACUCCUUGCUCUUGUCCCACACAUUCCUGCAGGUAUCCCGGUUCUUUGUCUUACAAAUACUCCAAACUCACCAUUAGCUGCUGCUCAUGCUUCAGCUACUCUCUCAGCUCAUAUCCCAACUCAUUUAUCUGAAAAGGCAGUCUAUGGUCUUCCCGCUCCUACAACCUCUACCACAGCAUGUCUUGCUGUUGGUGACGCAGUAUGCAUAACAUUGGCAGAAAUGCUUGAAGCAGAUGUGCGUCAGCGUAGUCGCAGCUUCGCGCGGUGGCAUCCAGGUGGUGCCAUUGGUAAGGACUUCAAGAAGGAGGGUGGUCGCAAGUCUGAUUCUAAAGAUGACAAUGGCAAUAAUGAUGAGGAUGACGAUUUGGCUCAAGAACGCAGAUUGCAUUCAAUACAACGCAAAAUCGUUCCAUGGCGAAAUGUUGCACAGAUUGAAACAGCACAGGAUCUUUCUGAAGUCCAAUUUCUGCGAUCAUGUGCAGGUAAACCAUGGGCCAUUGUCGACUCGCGGUAUUUGGUUGCAACAAGUCCUGUUGUUGAUGCACUUGAGGGCGAAAUUUCGGUAGUAGAAGCUCUUACCAAGGAUCCUAAUGUUCCUCGACAGGACCUGUUUUUAGUUCACAAACACAAGGAAACCCAGCUGGAUACUUUUGACAUUGAUGAAUAUGAACUUGCUUUGAUUUUGGACGCAGAAGGAAAAUACUGUGGUAUAUACGACGGGCGCACUUAG